AUGCCUCCCAAGACAGAUCACGGCGAGAUUACUGUCAAGAUUACGGCCUGCCAGAAGACCGACUUUGCAUCGCACAUGUUGUUGUGCAACGAGUUCAAAGCCUUUAUCUCGAAAUUUCCGCGCCCCUCAUCCGAGUGUGUUCUUGCUUUUCACUUCGCAGCUGACGAAGAGCUGCCCGAGCUUGCCUGGGUCACUCCUUCGCCUUCCAUGGUCAAUGGUUCGACUACCUGGCGAGAAGAGGCGGGUAAAGAGCUUCAAAGCCGGAUGUUCGUCAUCGAGAAGAAUAUGCGACAGAACCAGUACAUCGAUUACAAGCUUUGCGUGGUUUCCACCAUUGCAGCUCAAGUCCCAAACAAGAGUCUGAACAAGGCUCUUGCUCCCUAUGGCGUGCCGGACUACCGAGCACUUGGACCCGUGGUUGUCUGCAGCCAUGUGGAAACCUCGCAGGAUGACAAUUCUAAACAAGACGAAGGAGAAGACGAAGAUGAGGAGAAGAAGGUGUUGAGGAAUAUCGUGACAUCCGGCUUAAUGACCUUCGCCACGUUCUGGACUGGUUCACACACAAGAACAGAGACGACCGCCUCAAGAAGCUGA